AUCAUUUAUCAGAUCCAGGGGACUGGAGAGGGCGCUGACAGGAACUAUGGCGGGAGAGAGUGUGAGGCCCAAGACUAAGAUCGUUUGCACUUUGGGACCGUCUAGUCGAUCCGUGCAGAUGUUGGAGAAGCUUCUAAAGGCUGGCAUGAACGUGGCGCGUUUCAACUUCUCUCACGGUUCUCACUCUUAUCACCAACAGACCCUUGAUCAUCUCCGGACUGCCAUGAACAACACCGGCAUCCUCUGUGCCGUCAUGUUGGAUACCAAGGGUCCGGAGAUUCGAACCGGGUUUCUGAAGGAUGGAAACCCCGUACAGCUGCACAGAGGACACGAGGUUACUGUUACAACAGAUUAUAGCAUAAGAGGGGACGAGAAUAUGAUCAGUAUGAGCUACAAAAAGUUGGCUCACGAUUUGGAACCAGGAAGUUGUGUUUUGUGCGCUGAUGGGACUAUUAGUUUCACUGUGCUGGAAUGUGACAGAGAGAAUGGUACCAUUCGGUGUAGGUGUGAAAACUCAGCAAUCCUUGGUGAGAAGAAGAACGUUAAUCUUCCUGGUGUGGUUGUUGAUCUUCCAACCUUAACAGACAAAGACAAGGAGGACAUUUUGCAGUGGGGGAUUCCUAAUAACAUAGACAUUAUCGCUCUCUCUUUUGUUCGCAAAGGUUCGGACCUUCUGGAGGUCAGGAAUUUACUCGGGGAACACGCAAAAAGAAUCCUUCUCAUGUCCAAGGUCGAAAAUCAAGAAGGGAUUGUCAACUUCGAUGAAAUACUUGCGAAUUCGGAUGCAUUCAUGGUGGCAAGGGGAGACCUGGGGAUGGAAAUUCCAACGGAGAAGAUAUUUCUUGCCCAGAAGGUAAUGAUCCACAAGGCAAAUAUGCAGGGAAAACCAGUAGUGACAGCCACCCAGAUGCUAGAGUCCAUGGUGAAGUCUCCGAGGCCCACACGAGCUGAAGCAACUGACGUUGCCAAUGCAGUUCUAGACGGCGCAGACUGUGUGAUGCUUAGUGGGGAAACAGCCGCGGGAUCAUACCCAGAAAUCGCAGUCCAAACCAUGGCCAAAAUAUGUGUUGAAGCAGAGAAUUUCAUCAACUAUGGAGAACUGCUCAAGAGAAAAAUGGGAACUGCUCCAACCCCAAUGAGCCCUUUGGAGAGUAUGGCGGCUGCAGCAGUGAGAACUGCAAAUUGCAUAAACGCGGCUCUGAUAUUAGUUCUAACCAGAGGAGGAACGACGGCUAAGUUAGUGUCCAAGUACAGACCAGGCAUGCCAAUUUUGUCAGUGGUAGUUCCUCAGAUAAUAGCUACAGAUUCUUUCGAAUGGUGUUGUAGUGAUGAAGCACCAGCGAGACAAAGCCUUAUCUACCGUGGGUUGGUGCCUGUUUUGAGUACAGGAUCUGCAGGAGCUUCUCAAACUGAAUCAACACAAGGAACCAUUGAGUUUGCUCUUGAAUAUGCCAAGACUCAUCAACUGUGCAGGCCUGGCGACUCUGUUGUGGCAUUGCAUCGAGUUGAUUCUGGGACUGUCAUUAAAAUAUUGGAUGUUAAUUGAGGCCUUUGGAAAAGUGGGAAAUCACAGAUAGAAUGCAGAAAUUUUGAAUGCACAACUGGCCAAUAUUGUAUGAAGGAACAUUGUUCACAUUCAUUUUAUCUUAAUUAAUCAGGAAAAGCCCUGAUUAAACUUCAGUAAAUGAACUCUUGAUUUUUCUCAGUCUUUCA